UUGUCUUGGUUCCCUGCCCUCUGUUGACGAUGACCUCAUGCGGGGCAGGAGGAGGAGCCCGGCGUCCCGUAGCCUACCUUGGUGGAUCAAGUUGUGUGUUGGGGGGGAAACUGAGUCCGUGUGGAGAUACGCUGGGAAAGACCGGGGGGAAAACUUUUUUGUGUGUGUGGGUACUUUCAUAAUCCAUGACAUUUAUCAGGGGCCCUACAGAGAGGAUUCCAAGAAUCUUGCCAUGUUCAAAGCAGUGCUGAAGAAGAACAGAGAUGGAGGCAAGGGGAGCAAGAAGGAUUCAGGUGAUGUCCAUGGCCACAGUGCCCAAAGAAGAUUCCCACCCGAGGGAAACCCUCAACCCCACGGGCCUGGCAGCAUUCACCCUAAUGUCCAGGAAGAUGUCUUCAGAUUAAGCCUUGCCAAGGGUGUGUCCAUGUCUCUUCCAUCCUCACCUCUUCUGCCACGACAGUCCUACCUGAUGCCCUUACGCCCUAGCAAGAGAUCACCAGGUCCAAUCAGGAAGCCCAAGUAUGUGGAGAGUCCUCGCGUUCCUUCUGAUGCCAUCGUUUCAGCGCUGAGGAAGGUGGCUGAUAACAAGGAGUCCUCACACAAUGAGCUGCAAGCUGAGAAACAGCCAAGCUCCUCCUCCCCUGCCACUCAGGAACUGAUGACAAGGCUGGGCUUUUUACUAGGAGAAGGGAUCCCGGGUACGGCUCGCAUACCUAUGGACGACAAGAAUGAAAAGAAGUGCUCUGUGACUAGCCAGGGUAUCAGUCCCUGCUCUACACUGACCAGCAGCACGGCAUCUCCCAGCACUGACAGCCCAUGUUCCACGCUCAACAGCACGACCAGUCGACCCCCUCUUGGCCGCUCUAGCCCCUGUGGAACCAUCACAAGCCCCAGCUCCACAUUAGAGAGCAAGGACAGCGGUAUCAUAGCCACCAUCACUAGUUCUUCGGAGAAUGAUGACCGCAGUGGCUCCAGCCUGGAGUGGAGUAAGGAUGGCAGCCUGAGGGGCAGCGGGCGCCAUGGCCUGGCACAGAGUGUGCGGGCUGACACCUGCUCUCCUGUGGCUGAAGAAGACUCCAACAGUGCCACAGCAACACCAGCCGACACCCCAUCCAGGACAGACCAUCAGCAGCAGCAGUCAGCAGGGGCACCACAACCUCCAAGUCACUCACCUGAGGGACCCCUUUCAUACCCAUCACAGACAUCUUCUUCCCUCAUGAUGCCGAGACCGAACUCUGUAGCAGCAACCAGUUCCACAAAGCUGGAAGACCUGAGCUUUCUUGAUGAACAGCGCAACACCCCCCUGCGGACAUCCAUUCGCCUACCCUGGCAUAAUACAGGAGGAAGGCCACCGCAGGACUCUAAAGCGCGUUUCGCUCCCUACAAACCCAUGGACAUCAUGCUCAAGCCCUUGCUGUUUGAGGUGCCCAGCAUUACCACAGACUCUGUGUUUGUGGGCCGAGAUUGGCUCUUUCAGCAGCUGGAAGAUGUCCUGAAGGCCAGCGAGUCUACAGAGAACCAUGGCGCUGUAGUGGUGGGCAGCGUGGGUUAUGGGAAAACGGCCAUUAUCUCCCGGCUAGUAGCGCUGAGUUGCCACGGAGGCCGCAUGCGCCAGAUCGCCUCCAACAGUCCCAGUGCCUCCCCUAAAAGUGGUGGGGGACCAAGCACUGAACUUCCUCUCAGCCAGCCACCGCAGCCCACUCCACCUUCCAGUGCUACCAAUACGCUGAGGACCAACAGCUGCCCAGGGACCCCCGAGAUGCAGCGAUGUAGGGAGGAGGCUGUCAAACGCCUGGCUGCAAAGGUGGUGGCAUAUCACUACUGCCAGGCGGAUAACACGUACACUUGCCUGGUUCCAGAGUUUGUACAUAGCAUUGCUGCCCUGCUGUGCAGAGCACAUCAGCUCAGUGCAUACCGGGAGCUGUUGCUGAAAGAGCCCCACCUGCAGAGCAUGCUCAGUCUGCGCUCCUGUGUCCAAGACCCAAUGGCCGCUUUCCGGAGGGGAGUCCUUGAGCCACUAGCCAACCUUCGUAAAGAGCGGAGGAUUCCAGAGGAGGACCACAUUAUCCUGAUAGACGGGCUGAACGAGGCUGAGUUUCAUAAGCCUGACUACGGAGACACCAUUGCCUCCUUCAUCACUAAGAUCAUUGCCAAGUUCCCCCCCUGGCUUAAACUGGUGGUCACUGUCCGGGUCAAUUUACUGGAGAUAACCAGCCUCCUGCCCUUCUCUGAGAUCUCCCUGGAUGACUUCUCUGAUAACAAAGAGAUAAGCAACGACCUCAAUGCAUAUAUCCAGUACCGCAUCAAUGGCAGCAAGGAUAUCAUGAACAAUAUUAGCCUGAACGGCAAGGCCGACCCAAUCACAGUUGGCAAGCUCAGUAGCCACCUGAUCUCGCGCAGCCAGGGCUCCUACCUGUAUCUCAAACUCACCCUGGAUCUAUUUGAGAGGGGCCACCUAGUUAUCAAGAGUGCCAGCUACAAAGUUGUGCCUGUCUCGCUGGCUGAGCUCUACCAGUUACAGUGCAACAUGAAGUUCAUGACCAAUUCAGCCUUUGAGCGCUCACUGCCCAUCCUCAAUGUGGCGCUUGCCUCACUGCACCCCAUGACUGAUGAGCAGCUGUUCCAGGCCAUCAACGCCGGCUUCAUCCAAGGAGAGCUGCCAUGGGAGGACUUCCAACAACGCAUGGAGUUGCUCUCCUGCUUCCUCAUCAAACGGCGGGACAAGACACGCAUGUUUUGCCACCCCUCCUUUAGAGAGUGGCUGGUGUGGAGAGCUGAUGGAGAGAGUACAGACUUCCUCUGUGACCCCAGGACCGGCCAUGCUCUCAUGGCUUUCAUGCUUUCCCGCCAAGAGGGGAAACUGAAUCGGCAGCAGACCAUGGAACUGGGACAUCACAUCCUCAAAGCGCACAUCUUCAAGGGCCUGAGUAAGAAAACAGGUGUGUCAUCCAGUGUGCUGCAGGCUUUGUGGAUCAGCAGCAGUGCCGAUGGCCUUUCUGCAGCCUUGGCCUCUCUGAGGAAUCUCUACACACCCAACGUCAAGGUGAGCCGUCUGCUGAUGCUGGGUGGGGCAAAUGUGAAUUACCGUACAGAAGUGCUGAACAACGCGCCGGUGCUUUGCGUCCAGUGCCACCUUGGGCACCAGGAAAUUGCCUCCCUGCUGCUCGAGUUCGGGGCCAGCGUAGACGUGGUGUCUGAAAAUGGCAUGAACCCCCUGUGCUUCUCAGCCGCUGCAGGACACUUGGGACUAGUCAUGCUGCUCUGCAAGAGGGGGUCCAAGGUUGAUCAUGUAGAUAAGAGUGGCCAGUGUGCGCUGGUUCAUGCUGCUCUCCGAGGACACCCAGAGAUUAUCCAGUACCUGCUGGAGCUAGAAUGGAGUGCUGAGGGGCAGCAGCAGGACUGCGCUCUGAAGAACAAAGCUCUGCAGCAGGCUUUGAUAGCGGCCUCCAGCAUGGGACACACACAGGUUGUAAGGGGCUUGCUGGCGUUGAAUAAUGAGCAUGCUGUGCAAAUUGAUAGCCACGACACUCUGUGGGGAGAGACAGCCCUGACAGCAGCAGCAGGCCGGGGGAAGAUGGAGGUAUGCAACUUCCUGUUGGAGCAGGGGGCGGUGGUGCAGCAGGUCAACCGGCGGGGGGUGUCGCCUCUAUUCUGCGCCGUCAGACAGGGACACUGGCAGAUUGGAGAGAUGCUGUUGCAGCAAGGUGCUGACAUUAACAUCAGCGACAAGCAGGGCAGGACCCUACUCAUGGUGGCAGCCUGUGAGGGUCACCUGAGCACUGUAGAGUUCCUGCUUUCUAAAGGUGCAUCUUUGACUUCGAUGGACAAGGAGGGACUGACACCCCUUGGGCAUCGGAAAUUGCACCCAAGGAGAACCAGACUGUGCAAGUCCCAUUCUCUUCCUGAUAUCUUGGCUGAUUUCAGACUUACCAUGAUGUUACACAAAGAGCAGUGCGUUCAGCAUGUUGACUACAGUGGGAUGAGGCCUCUGGACAGGGCCAUAGGCUGUCGGAACACGUCGGUGGUGGUGACUCUGCUGAAGAAAGGGGCCAAGCUGGGCUACAGAACGUCUCCUUACGAUCGAUCAGGGAAUGCUGCUUGGGCCAUGGCUACUUCCAAGCCUGAUAUCCUGAUCAUUCUUCUUCAGAAGCUGAUGGAGGAGGGAAACCUACUUUACAAGAAAGGGAAGAUGAAAGAGGCAGCCCAGAGGUACCAGUACGCCCUGAGGAAGUUUCCUAGAGAAGGCUUUGGCGAUGACCUGAAGGCAUUUAAAGACCUGCGGGUCUCUCUGUAUCUCAAUCUCUCCCGCUGUCGCAGAAAAACCAACGAUUUUGGGAUGGCUGAGGAGUUUGCAACAAAAGCACUGGAGUUGAAACCUAAAUCCUAUGAGGCCUACUAUGCCCGCGCAAGAGCUAAAAGAAGCAGCAGGCAGUUUACGGCGGCCCUGGCUGACCUGCACGAAGCGGCCAAGCUGUGCCCCAAUAACCGGGAAAUACGCCGUUUGCUGGCCAGAGUGGAGGACGAGUGUAAACAGAUGCAGCGUACCCAGACUAAAGGAGCCCUCGCUGGUGCCGCAGCUGCUUCCAGCCAGGCGUCGGGAGGCCACGAGUCUGACCAGGAGCAAGACGAAGGGCCGGUCGACCCGUCACAACACAGUCUCUCCAGGAGCGCGGAAGGACAAAGAGACAUCCUGGAGGAGGAGGAAGAAGAGGAGGAGGAGGAGGAGGAGGCCUCACUGCGUGGCAGGACAGCUGAAGCCUGCUGGUCACAGAACAGUUAUUCCUGUAACAGAGUCUUACCCUCGGAGCCUGUCAGCAACAGUUUGGGACAUCAGAGUCACACCCCCAGUUCACCCCCAGGCCCCAGCAGGCUUCCCCCCCACCGGUACCCUCGAGAGCACCGGGAGGCGCUGGCCCAACAGGGUCUGGUCCUGCAGCCCACCAAGCAGGCCCAGAUAGUCAAGACCAACCAGCAUUUGAGCUCCAUGCAGGCUGGGGGAGGGCCCGUGGGGGGCCGCACAGCAGGCUCCAAAUCUCAGUACGCACCCUCGAGUCCCUUACCCAGCCGACACAUGUCCAGCAUGCUGAAGCCAGGCCCGGGAAUCGACAUCAGCCCUCUACCGCCCCCAGCAGACGAGCCCGUAUACGGGAACCGCAUGUUGCUGGCGGCUUCCUCCGUCUCCAUGGGUCACAGUUGUGAAAACGAGAACCUCCAUUCCUCCCAAGCUUCCUACUCAUCCUGCAGCAGCUCCAAGUGUCUGGGGCAAGACAGGUUGUCUGCCCACUCUGCAUCGUCCCUGGAUGGGUUAGCCUGCUCCGGUCCUGGACCCCAGGGGAACCACACUGACCCAGGAAAGGACGGGUUGUGUGGCGCAGUGGGAUCGCAGGGAGGAGGCAGCAGCAGCAGCAUGCGUGUGUCCAGUUCCACCAGCAGCCUGGCGUCCAGCAGCAGCCUAUCAGACAGCGGCAAACUGGGACCUGAUGUCCGCACCAAGAUCUCUGACAAAACAAAGCACAGCCAACAGGCCAGCUCUGCAACGGAGUACAAACCCAGACCCUUCAUGGGCAUAACUGACAAGAAGGCACGCUUUCACCAACAGCUCCAACAGCAACAGCAAAUUCAGCAGCAGCAGCACGGCCUGCAAAGUCACCAGAGCGGCCGCAGCUGGCUGAACCACUCGCCCGACGGUCUGGUGUGUCACAACAUGUCAGCGAUGGGCCUGCUACCUGUCGACUGUGAGCUGCCUUUCGCUAAAACAGUGAGCACUUACCAGGAGCAGCACAAACCUCCACCACCUCAGGGUGCUAUGGCAAUGAGUAGCUUACAAAACGGCAUGCACGCCAAGGAAUUCACGGAGAAGUUCUGCCAAGCCGCCAACUGUUACAAAGAGUCCAAGCCAGCACUGGCUAUGCCGCACACUUUCAUGGACAGUAAGCCCAAGCAGCCUGGCCUUGCCCGAGAUAAUCCUGCCAUUCACGUAACUUCAAUGAAACCAAAGCGAUCGUUUAUAGAGUCGAAUGUGUAGAGAUGUUUUAUUUGUCAUACAGUCCACAACGCACACUAGCAAAAAUCUAAAGUGAGAAAGAGUUGUUUCCAUUUUUUUAAACCAACCCCUAAAAGAAUACUAGUCUCACAUUUAAGCCUUGUAAGAAGUACAGUAUGCUGGCAGUUUGUUUUCCCGUGUGAAUACAGGCUGCAGGCAGUGUACCGAAUGCUCCAGAUUUUUAUCCUCCCAACCUGUCGCUUGUGGCUGUCAGCUUCUGUUACAUGACAACAUGUCCGCUGUCGUUCAGCCAAGCUGGAGACAUUGCACUGAAGGAAGUAUUUGGACAUGUACUGUACAGUCCUCAUCAACGCAGCGGUGACAGUAAGCACUUUAUACACACUUAGGCCGAUCAAGUGCUUAAACAAGAUAUUCAGUUACAGCAUAAUGUUAUUACAGAGCAGUUUUGAGUGAGUAAAAUGGGGUUUGAACUGUGUUCAUUACGUCCAUGGUGCUGCGAGGGGAGAAAUAAGGAAAAGGAAGUCCUCAGUGAAGGUGUAAGAAAGUCUAAAGGACGGGCAUUCCUGUGUUUUACAAAGGAUGUUAUAGAUCCUUAUGUUGUGUAUAUUAUAUAAAUAUGUACUUUUCCUUCUUUUCAGUGAAGGUCUAUGUUAAAUGUAUUGACAAGUUCAGACUUGUGUAUUUUGAGUUUUAUGCACAAUGUUGUUCAAAUGGUGUUAAAGGUUCUAAAAAAAAAAGGCAUUUGUUAAAUGUGUUUGUACAUUAUAUAAAUCACCAUUAACAUUGAAUUGAAAUCCUUUCUGUAUCUGCUUGUUGUUGCUGUCUAGUUUAAUUUAUUUACAGCGCCAAUGGCUUGGUUAAUUGUAAAAGCAAUAUAUUUUAUAUAGUUAUUUUUGCACAGCUACUAAGACAUUUUAUGAUUCUCAAUAAUGUUGAGUUUAAAUGCAUGCUACAAUUGCAGUUUAUAUUACAGAGUAAAAAAAAGAAAAAUCUAUAAAAACAAAUGGUUUUGGGGCGCAGUGCCAUCAGCUCUAUUUUAAUAUGUACGUUAAAUGCAAUUGUUGCCAUGUUUUCAGUAUUGUGAGCUUUAUUAGCUGUGAUCACAUACUGUAAUAGAACAUUACUGCCAUAGCCACCAUGGGAGAGAGAAAUAAAGACCCACUGAGGAAACAAACAAA